CCGACACGGACCUCAGCUCAGUCACAAUUGCAUCAGGAGGACAGAAGACAACAGGUGUCAGCUCAUCCAUGUGCUUCUGAAUUACAGGGAUUUUUAGUUGACUUGUUGCAUGCCGAAUAACUACAUUCAGAAGGAAAAAACUGGGGCAAAGAGCUAAAACCAAAGUGUUAAAGGAUUGGUAACCUGCUGCCGGGUGAAGAUGAUGAACCAGUCAACUCCCAUCAUGAGAUUAGCCUUUCUUCUACUGCUGCUGGUGUACAGCACAGAUGGAAAAAUGGAUAUCGUUAUGAAAAGCCCAGAUGUUCAAGUUGGAGCAGAACUGUUGCUGCUUUGUAAAGCCGGCGGAGAGGGAGAUAUUACAUGGCAGAAGGAUGGAGAGGAAAUUGAUGAUGAAGACAUUGUGGUAAAGGUAGAUGAGUCUACUUCUAAAAUCAGCAAGAAGGCUACAAUACAAGACGCCGGCAGAUAUAGCUGCCACUGUGACUUUGACAGCGGACACCAAGAUUCCAUUUCGAAAAAAGUGUAUGUUUAUGACGGUCCAUCAUUUGGUAGCACCAAAGUCCACCAUGAAUUUUUGGAGGGCACAGAUGUUAAGGUGCCCUGCCUGGUGACGGGGCAACCAGAAGUGGAUGUUUACUGGCUUAGAAAUGAGCAACCAAUCUCUUCUAACGAUGGAAGGCGUGUGCGGAAGAUGUCCGAUAACACGCUUUUUAUUGGGAAGGUGGAAAGAGGCGAUGCGGGCACAUACAUGUGUCAGGCUCAGAUCAGAGGGAGGCCCAUCAACAAGGAGCUCCCCGUCUCUGUUAUGGUGAAUGCCCCUCCCACUGUGCACCUGAAAGAAGAGGAGAAAAAAGUGAUUGCCGGGCCUGAAACCAAUGUUUCUCUGUACUGUUUGGCGGAUGGUUUGCCAAAACCCUACAUAAACUGGACCUUGCCAGUGGCAUUUGACCCCUCACAUCACCACUUCAACUCAGACCGCAGCCAGCUGACCAUACAGUCUGUGGUCAGGGCUGACUACGGGGAGUAUGUGUGCACCGCCACCAAUAAGAUUUCUGAGAACAGCGCCACCAUCAUGCUUCAUGUCUUUGAGGCACCAGGGGUGUUUGUGUCAGUGGAUAAGGUCAAUGUGUCAGGGGGUGAGGGAGUAUCUGUGUCCUGCAAUGUUUCUGGCCACCCUCAGCCCGAACUGCACUGGCUCAACAAGCAAAAUGGGCAGACGCUGGAUGCAACAUCUGGUCGCGUGCGUGUGAUUGAUGGCGUAUUGGCGAUCGAUGAGGUGGUGCCCUCUGAUGGUGGACUGUACUCCUGCGUGGCUGUCAGCCCUUCAGGAAAUGCAUCAAGAGAUUCUGCGAUUUAUACUGUUCCCGGGCCCCCGCACUACCUGUCGGCCUCGCCUGGUCCAGCUUCUGUAUUCUUCUCUCUCAAAACUCUUCCCAUCAGUGGUGGAACACCAAUCACAAGUUUUGUACUGCAGUGGAAGCAAGAUACAGCAGAACAGUGGGAGCACGUUAUCAUCCCACUUUCAGGCGCCCUGGCUGUCACCAAGCUAAAGCCAUACACGCUGUACCAGGUCCGUCUGGCGGCCAUGAACAUGGUGGGACAGGGACAUUUCUCAGUUACAGAGAGCGUCCGCACCAAUGGAAUCCGUGAACCGGACAGCCCAGUUGUGUCCACUGAUGAGAUGAAGAUAGAGGGCAACUCCUUUUCUGUUCCUCUCAAACAGAAGGAUGAGGGGGGAUCUCCUCUGCAGCACUUCAGUGUGCGAUACAGACAGGAUAAAGAAGGGAGCGAGUGGACAGAAAUGCAGCUGCAAUCUGAUGCUGACUCCAUUACCCUACAAGACCUCACCUUUGGCUCAGGCUAUGAACUGGAAAUCACUGCAGUCAACACCAACGGAUCCUCUGUACCUGCCACAUUCAACUUCACAAUCGCUGAAAAGCCUGUGAGCGGCACCAGCAUGACCAAAGGCAGUGUGGUUGGAAUCGUCAUGUUGAUCUUCCUCGUGAUAUUCCUGGUGGUGGACGCUACCUGCUGCUACAGAAAUCGCUGCGGCCUUCUCAAUGCCAUUGCAGUGAAAGUGUUCGGGAAAAAUGUCCCAGGCCUUAAAAUGGUCGAAGAUGGAGAGGGAACCACUAAAGGAGAGGUCAAGCUGAAGGGGAUAGCCACUCCAAGAGGCAGUAUUCAGCAGGCUCAGACACUGAGCAAAGAAGGACAGCUCACCGAGGUCACCUGUGACAAAGCUCCCCUGACCAAGCAUGAGAAAACACACAUUCCCACUCACGAUGCAUGAAUUCAGAAGGAGAGGAGAUGGAGUAUAAACUAGUGACAAUGUACUUCACAGUGAGUGAGAGAAGAAGUCCAACAAGUCCCAGCUGCUGUGGGAAAGGUCCAAAUACUGACACACUGUAGCAAGCUGACAGAUUGAAAGUGUGAUAAAAGUGGACUGAUCCAGCCCUUUGUACUGUUAAAAGUGAGGAUGACCUCAGCCUGCAGCCUGUGUAGCUCCAGUCUUCUUCCCCCCCCCCAAUUUUCUCUAAUGAUCUUUUACAGGGUAAUAUUGAUGUGUGUAUUUUAUUUUACUAUGUAAUCUUCAAAAUACCUGGUGUGACAACUGAAAAAAAACAUUUUAAAAACUCACCAGAUGUUUACCUUUCGCUUUCCAGCCUUACUCUGAAAGUAUUAUUAUUUUGUUGUUACUAAUUUUGUAUUACCACCAUAUUGUGGCAGCUCACAGUUUUGUCAGUGACUUAGCACCUGAUUUACUGUAGAACAAUUCAUUUUUAAUAUAAAAGAAUAUGUGAUGAUAUUUAUUGCUUUUAAUGUAAACAGGAUAACCACAUGAGUCGUUGAUGGUGAAUUUGUCUCUUAGCUAAUGCUCUCUGUGACUUGGUCUGAUGUUCUGCACUUUUUUGUGAAACUAUUUUGAAUGGUUCCCAGGUGUAAGUUAUUUUGCAUUUAUACUCCAUUCAUCACAAGCAGUAGAUUUUAAUAUUGAUUGGCUAAUGCUUAAUUCUCCUGCAGCUUUUCUGUUUUAAAAAAAUACAUUAUUGUAAAUUAAUGACUACUGACAAUGCUGUAAUACUUUAACACUGUACAUUGUGUAUACACAAGUUUGUUUUUGAAAUACCCUCAAGCUUCAUGUCUUCUUCCACUCACCAAACAAAUGUUUUCAGUGCCAACUCUUUAAAAAAAAAAGUACAAUUAUUAAUACUGAUUGCAAGAAUAAAGGUGCCAGUGAAUUAUUCCUAAUAAUUAUAGCUUGUACUUCUUUUAAAAAGACUUUAAUAUUUGUCUUUAAAUUAAAGCCACAACAGGAUUUCUAAACAUAAUUUGACCAUCUAUUUUGCUCCCUGGCUCCCCUGAUUAAUGUGGGAUGUAUAUCUACUGUCAUGAAGCAAUCUCCAUAUGCACUAUGCAUAUGUACAGCGAGUGAAUGCAUCAUUGUGUCUUGCUGAGGGCACAAAGAAGCAAGAAAAAUAUACCAAAAAACUGUAAAGCGGGCCUGGAAACUGGUCAUUAACC